GUUUGUCAAAGGAAACAUAAAGAAGACACUUUGACGACCAGUUAAUGACAUAUUUAGUAAGUGCGCAAAGCAAGAGGGAAUCCAGGGCUCAUUCGGAAGACUUUUGUUAACGUGGUUGAAAACUGAACUUAACGUUGGACUAGCAGACACAUGCAUUUUAUUAUAAAUAGACUGGAACCGUGGCGAAAUUUUCUUUUUCAAAAGUGACACAUAGGCCUUGUGAUGUGCUGACACUGGAGCCGGACUCAUCUGAGGCAUACAAGUAUCUGGAUUAGUUUAUUGAAUCAUUUUUGGUAAGGAUCCGAGCCACUUCCGUGACCACCAGGAUGUCAGCAGGGAUGCGGUCUGGAUCGCUAGACGCUUCUGCCGCUUAUACCAAGAAAGGACGUCGUUUCUCCUGUCCCCCUACACUAGUCGAAAAUGCUGUUAUGAUAAAAAGAGCACCAUUUACACAAACAGCCUUCGAUGAGAUUCAUCUUAAAGCUGAAGAUCAUGAGAAAAAGACUUUUGCGGAAAAACUGCGGUCAAAAUGUACUUGUUCCCGACAGAAAGUGUUCAAGUUUUUCUCCGCCUAUCUUCCCAUCAUUAAGGUGAUGCGGUACUAUAACAUCAAAGAUUAUUUAGUGACAGAUAUCCUGGCAGGUGUAACGAUUGGAAUAUUGCAUAUUCCACAAGCUUUGGCAUUCGGCUUGCUUACCUCUGUUAAAAUAGAAAAUGGGUUAUACACAUCAGUUUGGCCAGUAAUCUUGUACGUUUUGUUCGGAACCUCUGCUCACGUCUCCAUGGGAACCAGCGCUGUUAUCUGUAUCGUUACGGCCGCUGUAGUGGAUCGUCAAGCGGACGUUUUCAAGGAAGCAAAUCCUCAUCUCAUGGCAAAUGUGACUGGUAACCAGACCUUUAUAUGGGAAGACAUUCCUGAAUUCAUGGAUUUCAAAGAAGAAACUGCAAUGGGAAUUGCCUUUUUCACAGGAGUAAUUCUCAUGGUGAUGGGAUUUUUGAAACUCGGGUUCAUUACUGCCUAUCUAUCGGAUUCUUUCUUCAGUGCAUUUACUUCAGGUGCGGGUGUUCACAUUGCAACUAGUCAGAUUCCUGCGAUCCUCGGCUUAAAAGUUCCACGAUUCAGUGGCGUCUUCAAAAUCAUCAAGACGUAUACAGCGAUAUUUGAGGCAAUAACCGCCGCGAAUGUAGCUGCAUUGAUAAUAGCUUUGUUAGCAAUGAUUGCUAUUUUGUUCGUAAAGGAUUAUCUCAACGAAAAAUUGAAAGGAAAAAUACCGAUACCGAUACCAAUUGAGCUCCUUGUUGUAAUUGUUGCAACAGUUGUUUCUUAUGUUGCAAAACUCGCCGAGAAUUUCAACGUAGAUGUCGUGAGCAGCAUUCCGAAUACUAUCCCACCACCAGUAAUGCCAAGUUUUGAUGGAGUUGAAACGUAUAUCGUCGACUGUUUUGUUUUGGCUAUUUUAAUAUUUGCCAAUACCAUUGCCAUGGCCAAGAUCUGUGCAAAGAGACAUAACUAUGAAGUGGAUGAUAGUCAAGAACUUAUCGCCUACGGAAUGUGUAAUUUCGCUUCAUCAUUCCUCCGCUGUUUUCCAUCAGCAGUAGCUCCACCGAGAUCAAUGGUUGCCAGCGCAAUGAACACGAAGACAACAAUAUGCGGCGUCUUUUCGACGGCUCUGAUAAUACUCCUGAUUCUAGUCAUGAGCACACUGUUCGAGCCACUGCCUAAAUCAGCUCUUGCAGCCAUCAUUUUUAUCUCUUUGAAAGGACUUUUUAUACAACUGAAGGACUGUGUGAAAUUCUGGCAUGUCAACAAAAUCGAUUUCGUUAUCUGGUUCUUUACCUUAUUCAGUGUUGUCUUCCUCGACAUCGAUUUUGGACUAGGCAUUGGAGUUGUUGUGUCACUAAUUACUGUGGUAUUCCAAGCUCAGUUUGCAAGAGGCUAUCGCCUUGGAAGAACCAUGAAGGAUGUCACCGUCGUUGAGCAUAAACGAUACACAGACUCCAUUGAAGUAUCUGGCAUUAAGGUGUACAGAUUCCACUCAAACUUGUUUUUUGCUAAUACAGAAAUCUUCCGAAUGGCUUUAUAUAGGGCUACAGUUAAUCCACGCAAGAUUUUGAAAUUCAUUAAAAAGCAAGAAAGGAUUAAAGCGAAAGAAGAAAAGUCACGAAAGAAUCCUGUUGACGGAGAAAGCUACAUGUAUAAGCCAGAAAUAAGUAUAGACAUUCCAGGUAUAACUGUAAAUGAUGAUAAUGCUAAAACCAAUGGUACAGCAACUGGCCCUUCCACCGUUACCAACGGAAAAGAUUUUAUGCGACUUGAAAGUACUUCAUCGGUUGCUUCGAAUGGAUCACGUAAAGGCUCACUUGUCGGAAUAGAUAACCCGGUGUACACGAACAAAGAAGACCAGUUAAAUACUCUUGACAUCCCACUUGAGUAUAAUCUGUACCGCAGAAACAUGAGUAUCGCGACAAUUACAACAAUCGGCUCGCUAGAUGAAUCGAUUGACCCGGAAGAUGGACAGGAAGUUGUUACUGAUGAGAAAAUUCGGCGCUUGCGCAGAAUACAUCAUGUUAUCAUCGAUUUUUCAACAGUGAAUUACAUGGACAUUUCCGGUGCCAACGUUAUAUCUCAUAUUUUCAAAGAAUAUGCGCACGUUAAUAUCAAAGUCUUUCUUGCAAACGUAUCGUAUGACGUUCGGCAAACCAUGCAUUUUGCUGGUGUAUUUGACACAAUUCCAAAAGACAAUAUAUUUGUUGACAUUCUUGAUGCAAUAGCAGUUGCAAAACUUGAAAUGGUCGUACCUAUCCCAGAGGAAGGCCUCGAAGACUUCACUAUAGAGGAAGCAGCUGAAGAUAAAUAUGUCACAAACCUCGGAUAAACGGAAAAGAAUUGUAUUGGUGAUAUUUAUCCUUGUAUAUUGUGUAUAAACUGUAAAUAACCAGUAUCUCUAUAGAACAAAUCUACUCAAGGUAUUAUAGUAUGCAUUUUUGUACUACCAGAAAAACCUUUGUAUUUUUGUAAAGUGUUUUUUUCUCUGUAAUGUCGGGUUUUAGCACAUUCGUUUUUUCUCUCCUUAACAUGCUUUUCUGCACUGUCUUUUUAAUUUAUACGUCGAUUAUUUUGAUUGAGGCACUUUAAUUGCAUUACAUUUAAUGUUUGUUUCUUUCUGUUUUAUAGAGUAGCUAGAACCUUGAAAAAUGAAUAACUAAAUAAACGUAUUUGAUAACGGAAAUUUUUAUAUCAUUUUCUGCAAAUUUAUGAUACUAUGUAGCAGCAUUUAUAUAGAUUAUAAUAGUUAUAUUUAAUCCAGUAAUUCACGGAUGUGUCUUCGAAGAAUAUGUAAAAAAGGGUGCUGUUGGUACAAUUUUAUUACUACUUUUAACUACCUUUAUUUAAUGAACAUUUUACUUUACUGACGUAAGAUUUCUGUAAGUAUAGAUGAAACACAAUAUUUUAAAAUUAUCCCAUUGCGUUAUAUUCCAAUAAUAGUGUUUGCACGUUUAUGAUCAUUUUACCAUUGUUUGUAAGUAUUGUAUAUAAAAAUAUAAAAGUGAGAGCACUUUCACUAUCAUGACAUUUUCAUUGUCGUACUAUUGCCAGGUAUUGAUUGUCAACAAAACCAAAUUGUCGAGUUUUCACAAUAUACAAUGUAUCGUUUGUCAAAAUAUAUCAUUUUAAAUAGUAUGUAAGCAUACAUUCAAAAUAUACAGUUAACGAAAAAUGGUAUACUAUGAACAUAAUGACUGAAACGACUUUUUGAUAGUGAGACUAUGUUCUGAAAUGCAUUUAAUUUGAUGUUCAUUGUAGACUUUUGUUUUGAUAACUAUGUAAAUACAAACUGAUCAAAAGAAGUUAAACAGGGAUCAGAGAUCGUCUCUGAACGACACUUGUAUUUCAAGUCAGUCUCCAUUAGCUGUUUUUUUUUUUGCUAUUUUUUUGAUAUCAAAGAACAUUAUAUUGGUUUCAAUGACUAAAAUGUCUCAUUAUUUAAUCAUUAAAGUUAAAUCUUUCUUGAAAUUUAUUUGAUUAUUUAAAGUCAUUUUCUAUACUAUAAAUAUAAAAAGAUAGAAGGACCACAAGUCAAACACCGGAAAAAGUUUAACUAUUUAUUUAUUUAGACCGACCGGUUUCGAAGUAUUCUACUUUUUCAUUUUCUAGUAAAAAGGGUGAUAAUCUUUA